AUGAGCAGCCAUGUAACCCGCAGGACAUACAACACCACGAAGCCACCUGCCUUCUACCUUGCCGGCGACUCGAUGACAGCGGUACAAAGCUCCGGCGGUGGAGGUUGGGGCGUCGGCUUCCUCUCCUUCCUCCGAAGUCCCGCCACAGGCAUUGACUAUGGUGUGGAUGGAACCACGACGGUGUCUUUUGUAGAGGAUGGAGCCUGGGCAGAGGUGAUUGGGUCGGUCAACGCGACCAAGGCUGACUACAACACUUUUGUUACAAUCAUGUUUGGGGCCAACGACCAAAAGGCAGCGGCCAACGAGACGUUACUUGAAUACCAGGAAAACCUUCAGAACCUCGCUGAAGAGGCCAAGGAAGCAGGGGCCACGCCUAUCCUUGUCACCCCGCUCAGUCGACGAGACUUCACCUCCGAGACCAAUCUGACUCAGAACCUGAUCGACCAGCGGACAUACACCAUCUACGCAGCUCAAAAUACCUCAACCUGGUGGAUCGACUUGAACAAGGCCAGCACCGAGUACCUCUUGGCCAUCGGCAAUGCAUCUGCCCAGACGUAUGACCUGUCUUGCACCGACGAGACGCACCUGAACACGUGGGGUAGCGUGGUCUUUGGGCGGAUGGUUGCGGAUCUGCUCCUGGGCCAUGUGCCCGAGGUUGGUGUCCAGGAAGCCUUGACAAUAGCACCACCUGCGCAUGAUCAUGAAGGAGAAAAAGAAGAUGGUGGUCUGGCGGAAUGGUUUAUCUCGAACAAGACACUGAGUGAGGAUAUCUGGGCUGGUGUCUUUGCACAAGGUGGAUCGUGCCCAUUGGAAUAA